AUGGUUUCUUUGAACAUUUUCAGAGCCUUGACUAUUUUUAGCAGGGCACAGAGCAUCUUGCGUCCUUCAGCUACCGCCGAGAAAGUCACGCCAAAGCUGACCAGCAAUCCUUGCAUCCAAGUCCAUGGAGCAUGGAAAAUCACCGAAGACUGCAUCGAUCCUCUCUACUCCCGACCUGUAAUCGAUAGCGAGACUCAUGAGGCAUUGCCGAUCCCUCAUCUUCGAGUGUCAGGGCAUUUCGAAGGAACUGUUGUUGACUUCAACAUCUACCUCCCUAAGAAUGGCUGGAAGGGACGCUUCUUCCAACUUGUCUAUCCACUACAGAACUCAACUGCGUCCGAUCGGGAGAUAGGCUUUGGAGCAGAGAGUGGAGGAUAUACCGUUCGUGCAUCUGGUCUACCAACCUAUCGUGGUGAUGCUGCUACGGCAAAGUUCAGCAUGGUGGUUGCCCGUGAGUACUAUAAGCCCAAGGCCAACAAAAUUCAUGGAUAUAUCUACGGAGGUAGUGGUGGAUCUCUUGUCACUGUUGGAGCAAUGGAGAAUACGAUUGGUAUAUGGUCUGGUACUGUGACGCUUGUCCAAGCUGUACCAGUUUCCAUCAACAACUGGUCUGUUCGUGCUCUCGCAGGUCUGGUUCUUCAAAACAAGAGUGCUGAGAUCGAGGAAAGCCUUUGGCCUGGUGGCAGUGGGGACGUCUACUCAACCUUCAGUCCCACUGAAAGAAAGGUCUUUGAAGAGGCCACCGCCCUCGGUGUCCCUGUCAAAGGAUGGGAGAGAUUUCACGUAACUGGAGCCUCUGAGUCACUUUGGGAGUCCAUGAAAAGUGUGUCCGGUUCAGCUGUGAUGCGAAUGGAUUCUACCUAUGUGGAGGACUUCUGGAAAAAGCCAGGAUAUCUGGGCACUGAAAAGUCCGAGCUUGGUGAUAUAUUUUGCGAGGAGAUGCUUGACUACGAGACAUUCAUCACUUGCAUAAGGUACGAUGCCAACAACGUUCCUGUUGAGCUCAACCUCGACAGGACACUCAAAUCAGCGAGAACUUACUGGCUGGAUAUAACCAUUCUUUCUAGUGAUGGCAAAACACUUGGCAAGAUCGCUGGAAAAGGUCAUGAUAACAGUAACGACAAGACUGUCGCCCUUCACCCGAAUAAUGACCCCGCCAUCCUCUCUCUUAUACAAGAAGGGACUCAAGUCCACAUAAGCAACCAAAUGUUCCUCGCCAUGCACGCGCUCCAUCGUUACUCGGUUCCCAAACGCUCAGGCUUCUACGGCUAUGACUAUCUCCGUGAUUCCAAGCGAACUCCCAUCUAUCCUCAGCGCUCAGUGCUUGUUGCAGAGCAGAUGGCGAGGUCUGCUAGUGGGGGCGCUACGUUUGCGGGCAAGUUCAACGGCAAGAUGAUCGUCAUGGAUAACCUGAUGGACGUUGACGCGUUCCCAUGGCAUGCAGAUUGGUACAAGAACCAAGUUAGAGAGGUGUACGGGGAUGGUAUCGACAAUAAGUUUCGUCUUCAUUACACUGAGAAUGCGGAUCAUCAAAUGGGUCCAGUUGUAGGUUCCAAGAGCUCCAGAGUUGUGGACUUUACAGGCAUGUAUGAGCAGCAUCUGCGAGAUUUGAGUGUUUGGUGCGAGACAGGGACAUAUCCUAGCACUUCAACAAAUUAUACCAUAAGCAAUUCCCAGGUACGAUUACCUGCUACGGCAUUGGAGAGGAAAGGAAUCCAGCCUGUUGUGGACCUAAGCGUCAACGGUAGCAAACAAGUCGAAGUCAAGACAGGCACUACAGUUACCUUCGGGGUACACGUCGAGGUUCCUCCGGGUGCAGGAAUAAUUACUUCAUUGCAGUGCGAUUUUGAAGGAACAGGGAAUUUUGUCAAGAAGAGCUUUAGAGAGGUUAGGCAAUCCGCCGACACUGCGGUUUCAUAUACCUACUAUCGGCAGGGGACUUUCUUCCCUGCUGUUAGGGCCGCUUCCCAUAAGGAGGGCAACAUAGAUUCGCCAUAUGGUUUGGCCUUGAAUCUUGGGUGGAUGAAGGUUGUCGUCGUUUAG